AUGAACUUCAAAGUUGCCCUUGCCCUCCUCUUUGCCUCCGUGGCUAUGGCAGUUCCAGGCCAGGUUCAACACGACAGCAAUGUCCUCGCUCGUGAUCCUCAAAGAGGUCCAGUUCGACCCUCCGGCCCAAGCUGCUGUUCAUACAUCCCCGGCGAUUGUAACUGCGGCUGCUGCUCUGGUGGGCCUUGUGCCACUUUCAACAACCCUGACGCUACCUGCCCUUAA